CCGAUUGGCAGACGGCGAGCGGGCCGGAGCCGCGGUGCCGAGAGCGCCGCCGCCUGGGCGCCCGCAGCCGCGGAGCCGCGCCGGCCCCGCAUUGUCCCCGGCCGGGCGCGGAGAGCCGGGACGAGCGUGGCCCACGGGUUGAUGGCAGUGCUUGGAUUCCCACAUUCCCGGAAGCCUUAUUUCUGACCCGGAGGGCGGGGGAGCAGCGUCCUCGGUCGCCGAUGCCCUGAAGCUUUCAGAGAACUCUCAGUGGAGACCACAGCCUGUAUCACCAGGUGCUUUGGGCGUGACCCAUGCUGAAUGACACCCAGUUCAGAGGACAGACCCCCUCGUGAGCGGUAGAAGAACUGUGAAGGGAGACCUGCCUUUUUAAACCUAAGAGCCAGGAGGAGGAGGAGGAGGAGGAGGAGGAGUUGGCAGGUUCGCAUGAGGUGUGAAGCUUGGAACCCUGGUCUCUGGCCUAGGAUGUUAACGCCUCAGGAGGUGCUGUCUCUGUGGGAUGGGGUUUGGGAUACUUUCUCCAAGAUGCCAAUGAGAUCAUGAAGGCCACCCAGAGGGACAGUUGCUGAGACGUCACUGGCUCCAGUUCAUCUAGAUUCUGUUUCCGAUCUCAGUAUUUAAAUGCCACAGAGCUCUUCUGCCAAGUGGAGUUGGGAGCCACUGCAACCUUUUAAGACCAUCAAGCCAUGGGCAACACAGAAAGCCAGAAUGCAGAGCAUGAGUUCUAUGGGGACAAACACGCCAGCCUGGGCCGCAAACACACCUCACGCUCCCUGCGCCUGUCACACAAGGCCCGAAGGACCCGCCACACCUCGGGGAAGGUGACCCACCGCAGCUCCGAAGUCAGCACACGGUCCAGCAGCACCCCCAGCAUCCCCCAGUCCCUGGCCGAGAAUGGUCUGGAGCCCUUCUCCCAGGAGGGUGCCCUGGAGGAGGACUUUGGCAGCCGCAUCUGGGUGGACCGGGUGGACAUGGGCUUGAGACCCGUGUCCUACACCGACUCAUCCGUCACCCCCAGCGUGGUGGGCAGCAUUGUGCUGACUGCCGCCUCAGUACAGAGCAUGGCAGACUCAGAAGAAGACCCCUACUUGGCCGAGGGGGCCAGGCACCCGCACCCCUACACGUCCAACGGGCCCUUCCUAGAGUCGGCCAGCUUUAAGAAGAAGCGCUCCAAAUCUGCAGACAUCUGGAGGGAGGACAGUCUGGAAUUCUCUCUCUCCGAUCUGAGCCAAGAACACAUGACAAGCAACGAGGAGAUCUUAGGUUCCGCCGAAGAGGAGAAGGAGGCCGAGGAGGAGGAGGAAGAGGAAGAGGCGACAGCGGUUCGGGGGAUGGAACCUGGGGCCAGCUUGCAGCACCAGCCCCGGAGGCUCAGCUCCUGUCAGAGAGCCAACUCCCUGGGCGACUUAUACACACAGAAAAACUCCGGGGGGACAGCCUCCAGUGGGGGGCCGAGGACCCCCUUCCCCAGCUACGGGCAGAACCUGGUGUCUGGUGUUGUCGAUCUGGCAAGCCACAAGAUGCCCCCGGCACCCACCGAGGAGGCUCUCCCCUACAGCAAUUACAACACGCUGCCCUGUCGCAAGUCGCACUGUCUAUCCGAAGGUUCCAGCCACCCCCAGAUGAGCCAGAGCAGCAGCAUGAGGGGCAGGAGAUCAAAAACAGCUCAGGAUGUCAACGCAGGCGAGGGCAGUGAGUUUGCAGAUAGCGGCAUUGAAGGCGCCACCACUGACCCGGACCUACUGUCCCGCAGAUCCAAUGCCACCAACUCCAGCUACUCGCCCCCCACCGGCCGGGCCUUUGUGGGCAGCGACAGUGGCAGCAGCUCCACCGGGGACGCAGCCCGUCAGGGCGUGUACGAGAACUUCAGGCGGGAGCUGGAGCUAAGCACCACCCACAGCGAGAGCCUGGAGGAGGCGGGCUCGGGACACAGCGAUGAGCAGAGCAGCGGUACCCUCAGUUCGCCCGGACAGUCGGACCUGCUGCUCAGUGCCACGCAGGGCACCGUGCGCAAGGCGGGCGCGCUGGCCGUCAAGAACUUCCUGGUGCACAAGAAGAAUAAGAAGGUGGAGUCGGCCACCCGCCGGAAGUGGAAGCACUACUGGGUGUCCUUGAAAGGGUGCACCCUCUUCUUCUAUGAGAGUGACGGUAGGUCCGGGAUCGACCACAACAGCAUCCCUAAGCACGCUGUCUGGGUGGAGAACAGCAUUGUGCAGGCCGUGCCUGAGCAUCCCAAGAAGGACUUUGUCUUCUGUCUCAGCAACUCCCUGGGUGAUGCCUUCCUCUUCCAGACCACCAGCCAGACGGAGCUGGAAAACUGGAUCACCGCCAUCCACUCUGCGUGCGCAGCCGCUGUGGCCAGGCAUCAUCACAAAGAAGACACGCUCCGGCUCCUGAGGUCUGAGAUCAAGAAGCUGGAGCAGAAGAUCGACAUGGAUGAGAAGAUGAAGAAAAUGGGCGAGAUGCAGCUGUCCUCUGUGACUGACUCCAAGAAGAAGAAAACCAUCUUAGACCAGAUCUUCGUUUGGGAGCAGAACCUCGAACAGUUCCAGAUGGAUUUGUUCCGUUACCGCUGUUACUUGGCUAGCCUCCAAGGUGGGGAGUUGCCGAACCCCAAAAGGCUACUUGCUUUUGCAAGCCGGCCGACAAAGGUGGCCAUGGGCCGGCUAGGGAUCUUCUCUGUGUCGUCUUUCCACGCCCUGGUGGCAGCCCGCACAGGUGAGGUUGGAGUCAGAAGACGCACUCAGGCCAUGUCCAGGUCGGCCAGCAAGCGAAGGAGCCGGUUUUCUUCCCUUUGGGGCCUGGACACUACCUCCAAGAAGAAGCAGGGACGCCCAAGCAUCAACCAGGUGUUCGGCGAGGGAACAGACGCUGUAAAGAAAUCUUUAGAUGGAAUUUUUGAUGACACUGUUCCAGAUGGCAAGAGACAGAAAGACAUCGUCUUGCCCAGCGUCCACCAGCACAACCCGGACUGUGACAUUUGGGUCCACGAGUACUUCACUCCAUCCUGGUUCUGUCUUCCCAACAAUCAGCCUGCCCUGACGGUCGUCAGGCCAGGGGACACUGCCAGGGACACUUUGGAGCUGAUCUGCAAGGCCCAUCAGCUGGAUCCAUGUGCUCACUACCUGCGCCUGAAAUUCCUCAUUGAGAACAAAAUGCAGCACUACGUCCCGAAGCCUGAGGAGGACAUAUACGAGCUGCUUUACAAAGAAAUUGAAAUCUGUCCAAAAGUCACUCAGAACAUGCAGCUCGAGAAGUCAGACGCAGCCGGUGAUAAUUACGGCUUCUCGCUGUCUUCUGUGGAAGAAGAAGGGGUUCGAAGGCUCUACGUGAAUAGCGUCAAGGAGACGGGCUUAGCUUCCAAGAAAGGUCUCAGAGCAGGAGAUGAGAUCCUGGAGAUCAACGGCCGAACGGCCAGCACCCUGAAUUCCUCGGCACUGAAGGACUUCCUGGGGCAGCCGGCACUGGGCCUCCUGGUGCGGACCUACCCGCAGCUUGAGGCGGGCCAGGAGCUACUAGAGAGCCCCCCCCAGCGAGUAGACGGCUCCUUGGACCUGGGGGACAGUCCCCUUGGUUUCCUUACCAGCAGUACAGGCCACAGCCUCUGCAGUGAACCGAGCAGCAGCGCCGAGACCGCAGCUGAAGAGACAGAGGGGCCGGAGCUGGAGUCCUCCGAUGAGACUGAUCACAGCAGCAAGAGCACGGAACAGGUGGCCGCCUUCUGCCGCAGCCUCCAUGAGAUGAACCCCUCAGACUCCAGCCCGUCUCCCCAGGACCCUGUGGCACCCCAGCUGUCCACCACGAGGCAACUGACAGAUGCUGACAAGCUGCGCAAGGUCAUCUGCGAGCUUCUGGAGACGGAACGCACCUAUGUGAAGGACUUAAACUGUCUCAUGGAGAGAUACCUAAAGCCUCUGCAGAAAGAAACAUUUCUCACCCAAGAUGAGCUUGAUGUACUCUUCGGAAACUUAACCGAGAUGGUGGAGUUUCAGGUUGAAUUCCUUAAAACUCUGGAAGACGGUGUGAGACUGGUUCCUGACCUGGAAAAGCUUGAGAAAGUUGAUCAGUUUAAGAAAGUGCUGUUCUCUCUCGGGGGGUCCUUUCUGUACUAUGCUGACCGCUUCAAGCUCUACAGUGCCUUCUGCGCCAGCCACACGAAAGUCCCCAAGGUCCUUGUGAAAGCCAAGACGGACCCGGCUCUCAAGGCGUUCCUGGAUGCCCAGAACCCAAAGCAGCAGCACUCGUCCACCCUGGAGUCGUACCUCAUCAAGCCCAUCCAGAGGAUCCUCAAAUACCCACUCUUGCUGAGGGAGCUGUUUGCCCUGACAGACGUGGACAGUGAGGAACACUACCACCUGGACGUGGCCAUCAAGACCAUGAACAAGGUUGCCAGUCACAUCAACGAGAUGCAGAAGAUCCACGAGGAGUUUGGAGCUGUGUUCGACCAACUGAUUGCUGAGCAGACGGGGGAGAAGAAAGAGGUGGCAGAUCUGAGCAUGGGGGACCUGCUUUUGCACACCACAGUGAUAUGGCCAAACCCACCCUCCUCACUGGGGAAGUGGAAGAAGGAGCCAGAAUUGGCAGCUUUUGUCUUCAAAACAGCUGUGGUCCUUGUGUAUAAAGACGGUUCCAAACAGAAGAAGAAACUCGGAGGGUCCCACCGGCUCUCCAUUUAUGAGGACUGGGACCCCUUCCGAUUCCGGCACAUGAUUCCUACCGAAGCCCUGCAGGUUCGAGCUUUGGCAAGCGCGGAUGCCGAAGCCAAUACGGUGUGUGAAAUUGUCCACGUGAAAUCGGAGUCCGAAGGGAGGCCAGAAAGAGUCUUCCACCUGUGUUGCAGCUCCCCAGAGAACCGGAAGGAAUUUCUGAAGGCUGUGCAUUCAAUCCUGCGUGAUAAGCACAGAAGACAGCUCCUCAAAACAGAAAGCCUGCCCUCGUCCCAGCAGUAUGUCCCUUUUGGAGGAAAACGGUUAUGUGCACUCAAAGGGGCCAGGCCAGCCAUGAGCAGGGCAGUAUCUGCCCCCAGCAAGUCUCUUGGGAGAAGGCGGCGCCGCCUGGCUCGCAACAGGUUUACCAUUGAUUCCGACGCCCUGUCGGCCAGCAGCCCAGAGAAGGAGGCCCAGCCGCCCCCGGCCGCCGGUGGGGACACGGACCGAUGGGUGGAGGAACAGUUCGACCUGGCCCAGUACGAGGAGCAGGAGGACGUCAAGGAGACCGACAUCCUCAGCGACGAGGAUGAGUUCUGCGAGGCGGUCAAGGGCGCAGCGGUGGACAGAGAACUGCAGGCCAGGCUGCAGGCCGCCUCCCUGGGCCAGAGGGAGAGGGGCCGCCGGGCCCUGGACACUCAUGCAUCCCGGAUGACGCAGCUCAAGAAGCAAGCCGCCUUGUCGGGCAUCCUCGGGGGGCUGGAGAGUGCCAGUGAGGAGGUCAUCUGGGUACGGAGGGAAGACUUUGCCUCCUCUCGGAAACUGAACACAGAGAUCUGAUGACCCCCCUCCCCAUUCCUGGCCCUGACCACUGGGGUCACUGUUCACUUGGAGAGAGUGUGUGUGUGUAGAUACCAGUCCAGUCGUCCCUUCCUGUCCUUUUAGGUCCCCCAGGUGGCACCAUUGCCCAUACCCUUUCUGGCAGCUGCUGUUCUGAAGCCAUGUCACUACCCAACUUCAGCAGACAGCGCUGUGCCGAAAGACCCCGUCAGCUCGGUCCCCGCUCCCGGAGAAGACCAAACGGGCUUUCCUCAUUAUACAAUACCAGUGGUUCAGGGCCUGAAGAAUUAAAAGAAAGGAAAGAAGAAGAAGACAGAAGAAGAGGAAAGAGUUCUACAGUGCCAGAGAUCAAAUCACCCCAGGAGUUCUAAUACAUAGACAACAGAUUUCAUUAAAGGGAUAGCACAAAAAACAUAGAUUAAAUAUAACCAAGGUCAUUCUGUCUUCUGGGAGCUCACCAAGAACAAGCCGUUUUGUCGUUGGGAAAUUACCUUCGACUGGAACAACUGUACAGGCAAGAGUGUCCUGAUCCCUUUCCCUCUUUAAUGUCUGAGAAUAUCUGUGUGUAUUUCAAGAAUGUGUGCAGAGAGGGUGGUGAUAAUUAUGCUUCGAUGAUGAGCCCCCCCCCUUUUUUUUUUUAAACCUUUUCCUUCUUUUUACCCUUCCUUUCUUCCUCUUUUGUUUUCUUUUUAGUCCAUGGCUGGUCUUACUCAGUGUGUCCGUGUUUGGAAGUUCUAGUUUUGCAUAGAAUUCUAAAGAUGCCAAACUCUUUGAGGAGAGAUCCAAAUGUAUCACUUGAAAAAGAAAAACAAAACAAAACAAAAAACACUAUUUUUCUGUAUUUUGCCAGAGAUGUGGGUGGCUGGGGUGGGGUGGGGUGGGGUGGGGUGGGUGGGGUGGGGACAGAUGAGAAUUGUACAGUGUUGGCGUAACUCUUGAGUCCACAAUGUUAGAGGAUUUUGCCCUUUUUUUUUUUUUUUGCAAUGAGAGUGUGGCAUGGUGAAUUUAUAUUUAUAUACGAGAGGCCAACAGAUGCUCACACUUAGGAGAGAAACAUUUUUUUUUCUAAGAAGUGGAUUUUUGUUUGCUUGUUUGCUUAUAUUUGACUCUCUAGUUGAGAUGGAGGCUUGGUUGAAUUAAACAGGACAUCCUGAGGGCCCAGUGUGUGUGUCUGUUGCCCAGGGUUGGGGAGGGGAGGCACCUUGUGGGGUUGCCAUGGUGACCAUUGUUUUCCCCUCCAUCCAAUUUGCAUCUUCAUCAUGAGUGACCAGUCCCUUUCCCUAACUGCCCCUAACUCAACCUCUUGCCAAAACAACCUCUUCAGAAACAUAUCUUUUGUUCAAAACACCUUCUUCCUGCCAACAAAACAGGGUAAAGCAUGCUUAAAAAAAAAAAUAAAAAGAAGAACUGAACAUUCUAAACAGAGUUCCAAAUAGAAACAACAAAAAAGACAAAAGCACUUUCAACAUUUUUUUUUUUAAAGAAAAGGUUUAUAGCUUUCCUCCUGCUUCCCAUUUCACAAAUGUCCACUUCCUAAAAGGGUUUAAGUAAACUUUUUUUUUUUGGGUGGGGGCAGGGUGGGGAAAAUAUCUAUUUGGUGUUUGACACAUCAGUAGGUACUUUAAAGACCUGAAUUUUAUAGUAGCUGUAGGAAUUAUAUUUUAUAAAAAUCAGUUAUGACUUUAUAUUUCCAGACAAUAGAGAGUUCAGAACAUCACGCUCUUGAGGCCCUGCCUGCUUGCUUAAUCCUGCUCUCUCUCCCCUUUUCUCCUCUCUUCCUUCCCUGUUGGGUUUCCAGGGCUUUGGAGCUUGAUCUUUUGAAAGUUUUAUUCUAUUAAAAAAUUUUUUGCUAAAUCUUCUGAUUUUCUUAAGAAAAUUUAAAAAAAAAUAAAGCUUUAGAAUGGUUUCUAUACCCUUUGUACCACUGCAUUGUUCCAUAUCCUCUCCGGUUGGUUCCAGUGUGUCAGGAUGGAAAAACAGGAAGCUUCCAGAAGCUUCUGAGAGUUGCGUCUCCCAAGCCCCAGUGCAAUGGGUCUGUGUGAGAAGGCUGGGCAGUCCGGUGCUUGGAGAAGGUGCCAUUAUCUCUUGUACAUAAGGUCAUGACGUGUCUAUGUCAAAAGUUCUUAUAUAUUUCUUUUAUAAGCUGAAAGAAGGUCUAUUUUUAUGUUUUUAGGUCUAUGAAUGGAACGUUGUAAAUGCCUGUCCAACAAUAAAAACAUUGACAAGUGUC